UGACGGGUCUGUCAAUUUAUAGAUUGGUUGUAUCUGUUUAGUUGUAUUAAAUACUACAUUCAACACAAGUAUUCAGCUUAUUCAAGAAACAUUUCUUAUGGAUAUUUGUAAAAAUUUUUAAAGUUUAGCUAUACCCGAUUUCGAUACCUAUAAUUAUUUUCGCGUUGUACUUAGAAAUUCACGAAUUAUCUCUUGGCCCGUGCAAAAUUCUUGUCCCCGUUGUUGAAUUUUGUCCAGGAUUUGCAUUAAACUCAGAUAAAGCUGCAAACAUGGAGAAUGAUAUGAUAGAAAUUCUCAACGGACUCGUAUGUCCCGAUGUAGAUACGAAACGUGCGUCGUCGGUCGCUUUGAUGAAUGCCUUCAAGACUCCAGAGAGUCUGCUUUGCCUGGCUCAUAUUGGAAAGACUAACACGGAUAUCUAUAUGCGCUACAACGCAACCUUGCUACUGGUUAAGCGGCUCCAGGAGAAGAGUCACUGGUCGGCGGUCCUCUCGGAGCACAAAGUCUCAAUCAUGAGUGACAUGAUGAUUGCUCUCAUCACGGAGAAGGAAAAGAGUGUGCAAAAAGUUUUAGUCCAUUUUUUGGCCAUACUGCUAAAGUAUGAGGCAGAGAGGACGGCUAUUUUUAUGCCGGAUCUUCUCAACUACAUCAUGGAGUGCUGUAGCAGUUGCAAUCCCAACAACUGUGAGGGAGGCUCUUUGAUCUAUGCCACAAUAAUGGCCGCCGCACCCGAUAAAGUCAGUGUCCACAUGGAAACUUUCAGCACGUUAUUUGCCCACAUCCUUUUGACUGCAGAAUCCCAGAAAGACCUGUGCACACCCAGCGUAGCCAACAUGGUAACGGGUACAAGAUAUUUGAUUCCAUUUAUUGCGGGAAACACUGCCACCGAGCAAAAUAUAGUCCUGGUCCUGCCGCUGGUCCUUCGAACGCUGGACGCGAUAGCCUUGAAGGGUGACCACAAGAAUGUUCUCGAGGUGCUUAUUAUGUUGGAGAACAUGACCGUAUAUGUUCCCCAUCUGCUAACUAACGUGAAUUUGGUACUGGACUUCUGUUUAGAUAUAGCGAGCAAUAUAGACAUUGUGGAUGGGAUUCGCGCUAAGGUGAUAUUUUUCAUUGGGAGCUUUGCGCUCAACAAAAAGAAGGCCAUCGUUCAGGAGAAGCUACUGAAGCAAAUUCUGUCCGUCUUAUUUGAGGUAAUGUGUGACAAACCCUAUGAUGAUAAGGAGGACCCGCAAAUAGCGGCUUCGCACACGUUGGAUUCACUGGCUACCCACAUGCCGUCGGGAAAGCUAAUUCAGUUUUUGGUUGAGUUGCUGAUGCCGGAGCUAAGGAAUCCGAACCCGACUCGCAGGGCAGCUGCCUUGGACAGCAUGGGCAUUGUAGUCGAGGGGUGUUCGGAUACCAUACGCCAUAAGUAUCUGAAGGAUAUGAUAGAUGAAAUCAUCCAUGGAAUCGCUGACAGCGAGCCCCAGGUGCAACUCGCCGCAUUCUCUGCCCUCGCCCAGUUCUCCUUGCACUUGCAGCCGGAUAUCUCCAAGCUUGCACGAUUGAUUGUGCCCAUCUAUGUACAUCAGUUGGUAGAGAUCCAUCGGGUAGGAUAUCAGCCGGAAUCAGGAAUUCUUGAUACAAUGAUUGGCGGUAUAGACAUAUUUUGGCAGAAUCUGGAUGAGGCAGCCAAGGAGAGCGUGAUGCCUUAUUUUCAGAGGAUUAUCGAGAUUCUUAGCACACUUGUGCUGAAAGAUCUUUUGGCUCAAAUUUCAAUGUUGCAGAUUCAGACUUUCGAGGGGCUUGGGUUGAUUUUCCGCUUCAUGCCGAAAGAACACAUCCUGCCGAUGGCCAACGACACGAAGAUCUACUGCCUGAGGCUGCUGAAGGAGGGGCCCAACAAUCCGUACUUCCGUUAUGCCACUUACAGUCUGAUCGGUGCUAUUUCUUUUGUGUUGAAGGAGGACAUGGCCGAGGUUUUCCCCGAGGUCAUACCUCAGAUUUUUCAAACGAUGAUUUUCACUGAGGUAACCGAUCCGAAUCUGGAUGGCAAGACAGAGCUGGAUUUACUUCUGGAGGCGGUCACUGCGGAUGAAGAAAUCCCGGGUAAUCCCUAUAGUGUAGCCGACGAGGGCGAUGGCGAUUUGGACAGAUACAAGAUGGACAUUUUAUGUUGCCUUACAAAGAUGGUGGCCAUUUGGACGCUUCGUGACUUUGCCGCCAACACUGGUGCCGCCUUCAACCCCUAUCUUCAUACGUCCUUUGAGAACGUUUUCCAGACGCUCGAUUCUGUCUCCUAUGAAAUUCGAAUAGCCUCUGCAAUCGCCCUCUGCGAGUUCGUUGGUGCUUACAAUAGGUCGGGCGACACCGACGUCGUGACCAGCAUCUGCGAGACCAUAAUACCCAAAUUCGUAGAGAUGAUGCGGAGCGACCAGGUUGAGAAGGUGCUUGUCGUGCUGCUCGAUGAAGUGGGUAAACUUUUUCGGGUCUACAAGCAGCUGGCCAUGCCGAACCAGGAGUGUGCCGAGCUGAUCUGUGCCUGCAUCAGUGACAUAUUUCUACACAAAUUGACCUGCCAAUUAAAUGAUCAGAAGGACGAUGGCAAGGGCGAUGACAACGACGAGGAUGAUGGGGAGGAGGAAUCCGAUGUAGCCAAAAUGAUUGUGGAGGGGCAGCCAAUCUGGUGGCAUCGUUUGGCUUCGCUCUUGACCCUCAGACCUUCUCGAUGUACUUUGGACGGAUUUUCUGCUUCCUGGACGAAAAGCUGGCCAAGGCCAAGAAGAACCAUCAGCCGGAGGAUAGGGCGUAUAUCUAUAAAACUCUGGCCGAAUCAUUCCAGAACCUAGGGAGCUAUUCCGCCACAUAUUUCGAUACUCUCUAUCCCUUGUUCCUGGUGGGAACCAAAGAU